GCAACAAACAUUAAGUUAACUUUGUUUUAUGUUGCUUAAAUUACAGCAUGAUUUGUCGAUUGUGCUUAAGAGAUAUAAACGAAAGCAAUGCCGUCUUCUUGUUUGAGACAAACGAAGCCCUGGCCGAGACGGCGCUUGUUAAAAUGAUAGCCAAGUUCUUACAACUUGAGAUAAUGCCCGAUGACACUAUUUCGACCAGCGUUUGUUCGGAGUGUUGUGAGCAUCUGGAAGAUUUUCACAGUUUUUGGCAACUGGUCGAACAGAAGCAGAGCACGCUGAAGAAAGAGUUCCUGAACGUGGAUUGCGUGGCCAUGAAGUGGACAGGCGGCGUGGACAUUGACGAGCUGCCACUGGUGGCAGACACGGAAGUUGAUGAGAAGCCCCUGGACAUGAACAAUCUCGGCCUAUUAAGCAGCGUGCUUGACGUUAAUGUCGAUAGUGUUAUGAUGAUACCAGCGCCGUCGCAACAGGAAUCGAACGACCAGGAGCUGGACACCGGAUCCAAACCGCUGGAUUCAGGCAGUGACGACGAGAGUAGCUGCCAAGAUGCUGAAGAAUUUGCGGCAGCCGAUCACAUGGAAAUGGAUAUGAUUGCCUCUGCCACGUCUGAUGAUGAGCUGCCACUAGUGAAGUUGCAGCAUAAGCUGAAGCCCGCAAGGAAGAAGCGUCUGAGAAGAGUCACAAAAAAGCGGCAGCUAACGCAAGAGCUGUCUGAUUCCCUCGACGGCGAGGAUGAGGAUAAGUCCUCCAAAAGUAAGGCCAACGAACCAACGCAGGAGCAGGCUAACGAGCUGGAAGCAGCCCUCGAACGCAAGCCCAAAGGCUGUUCACGUGCCCAGCUAACCAAGCGAUACGAGGAGGUGAUUGCCAACUAUAUGGCAGCCAACUGUGAUCUCUGCGACUUUAGCACUAAGUACUUUUCCGACCUGAAGACGCACUUCUCCGAUGUGCACGAACGCGAUGCGUAUCUGAAAUGCUGCAACAGGGUAUUUAGUCGCGCCUCCAAGCUGAUGGAUCACAUACGAAAGCACGUGAAUCCCAAACUCUUUACCUGUUCGAUCUGCAAUAAGUCCCUUAACUCGCAGGACUAUCUGCAGACCCACAUCGAGACCGUGCACAAUAAAACGGCGCACAGUGAGAAGGUGUUGAAGCAUCCAUGCAGCAAAUGCGAUCGCACAUUCAGCAGCGAGCGUCGCCUCACCAAUCACUUGCUAAAACACGAGACCGACCAGCUGGAGCACAGCUGCCAAAUAUGCCUCAAGAGCUUUGCAAAUGUACAUCGGCUGCGCCGUCACAUACAGUCCAUACACGAGGACCUGCACCCGCAUGUCUGCGACAUUUGCGGUAAAAAGUUCAAGUUCAAGCCCUCCUUUGAGCGCCAUUUGCUGGAGCAUCAGGGCGUCGUCAGUCCGGCCAUGCAGUGCAAGGUGUGCGGUGUCUGGUUAAAGAACGAGCACAGCCUGCGUCUGCACCGCUUUACACACGACAGCACCGACACCAAUUGUCCACACUGUGGUAAGACCUGCAGCUCCCGCACCGCCCUCCGCGCCCAUGUCAAGUACGCCCACAAGCUGCAGACGAAUCUUCAAUGCACCUACUGCGACAAGACCUUUAAACAGCAGCGCAAUCUCGAGGAGCAUAUGGCAAUACACACAGGCCUGCAGCUCUACAACUGUCCGCACUGUCCCAAGGAGUGUCGUUCACGGUCCAACAUGUACGUCCACAUCAAGCAGCGUCAUGCAGACGAAUGGCUUAAAGCGAAAAUGGCGCGCUCGCACAAUCCGCAAUUUAAGCCGCUUAGUUAGUGCAACUCUUCUGGACCCCUAUAAGUUUUUAUUGUCCUUCUAAUCAACUGUUGGUCUAGCUGCAAGGGCACAAGCUGCGUCCUUUUCCUGAUUAGCUCCUUUCGUUCUCAAUAUUGUUCUAAUCGUCAGGAAGGCGACGUGACAUUAAAUUAAUAACAAUUUGGAAUUGCA